UAUCUGAAUCGAUUUUCUGGGAGAAUAUAUAAAGGCCAGAAAAGUGAGCAAUCGAUUAAUGCCGUAUUCAUCACUAUGUGCAUUCAACUAAAAUGGCCGAUGAAGAUACAGAAAAGACAACGCGCACAAGCAAGGAGCAAAUAGAGUGCUACCUGGCGUUUAUGCGGAGCCACCCUGAGUUGCAGCUCAACAAAAAUGACCCGACGCGGCCAAAAAGGAUACAGGAGCUGUGGAUAGAGCUAGCAGAGCAACUUAACGCUCUUAAAGGGCCGAUACGCACUCCGAAUAAAUGGAAAGAGUCUCUAGCCCAUUGGAAAAAUCAAGUAAGAUCCAGGGCUAGGAAGGCAAAGGCCGAUCGAUUGGUGACGGGCGGAGGUCCCUGCUUGGAAGAGGCAGUUACGGAGAGGGACCAGCGGGCAUUGGACACUCUUGGCUCAGUCGUUGUUGAUGGGAUGGCUGAUAUUCCAAAUGUUGGUGCCGAGACCGAAAUACUAAUUUCUUACGAUCCCGGUAGUCCUUCUGUUGAAUCAACGGACCCACUUAAUGAGACUCCGGCAACUUCACUUCACCGAAAAACAACCUCGGAUAAGAUGUUCGGAGAAAUGAUGACAUCUAUCAAGGAAAGGAAUGAGGAAGAGAGAAAAUUCAGAGAACAAUCUCUGAAAUGCAUGGAACACUUUUCCAAUUCUAUGAACAAUAUGGCCAGUGCAAUAUUGUCCUUUUCACAAGCCAUGGCCAAUAAAAACUCAUAAAGUUGUCUACAUACUUA